GCACGAGGACGACCCUCCGAUCGGCUCACACCUCCUCACGUCACGGCUGUCCCCCUCACUGAGAUGUCACCCCAUCUCCCAAUAAAUCGGCUAAUUAAUUAAUAAUUAAUUUCCGCGUGCCCACCCACGGACCUGAGCCGCGUCCCCUGCGAUUCGAAUUUGCCCGCGUAAUUCAGGGGGUUGAACUGUUGGCAGGACUGUCGGAAAAUUUGGAAAGUGAACAGGUGUUUUUUGAAUGGAUCCGAGAAGGAGAGAAUAUACAACACAAGCGGGGGAUUAAUUCGGUAGCGUGUGUGUCAAAUUGAAUAAGUGAUUUUUCCUUCGGAAUAUUUUGAUGAGUGAGAAAUAGGAGAUUAUUCGUUGAAGUGGAAUAUUCGAGGGUUUUUCGUGGCUGUGGAGGGAUAUCCUGGAGGCUGUUCUAUCAUGCUUGGGUUAGCUGGAGAAUCCUGGACGCAGUGAACAACAAUAACAGGAUGAUCUCCACCGAGUCAUCGCGCUCCCUGCAAUGACGCUCGCCUCCCAAAGCCCGCCCGAGGAUCACGAUUACCCCAUCACCUCCCUCCAAUAAUGCCCCACCAGUUCGGUCUGCCAGCGAUGGCGCACGGCAUGCAGUCCCCCCCGUCCCCGACCGCGGUAAUGUCCUACCCCCGUUUCGGGACCAACGUCUACCGCCCGGAGCACCACCAGGACCAGAAGCUGACGCGCGAGGCGAUGGAGCGCUACCUGCGCGACCGCAGUGACAUGGUGAUAGUGAUCCUGCACGCCAAAGUCGCGCAGAAGUCCUACGGCAACGAGAAGAGGUUCUUCUGCCCGCCCCCCUGCAUCUACCUCUUCGGCGACGGCUGGCGGAUGCGCCAGGAGCAGAUGAUGAGGGAGGGGGAGAGCGAGCAGUCGGCGCAGCUCUGCGCCUUCAUAGGAAUCGGGAACUCCGAGCAGGACAUGCAGCAGCUGGACCUCAACAACGGCAAGCAGUACUGCGCAGCCAAGACCCUCUACAUCUCGGACUCCGACAAGCGAAAGCACUUCAUGCUCUCGGUGAAAAUGUUCUACGGAAGUGGCCACGACAUCGGAGUCUUCCACAGCAAGAGGAUAAAAGUGAUAUCGAAGCCCUCGAAGAAGAAGCAGUCCCUGAAGAACGCAGACCUCUGCAUAGCGAGUGGAACAAAAGUCGCGUUAUUCAACAGGUUAAGAUCGCAGACAGUCAGCACGAGGUACCUCCACGUGGAGAACGGCAACUUCCACGCCAGCUCGACCCAGUGGGGGGCCUUCACAAUUCACCUGCUGGACGACAACGAAUCCGAGUCCGAGGAGUUCCAGGUUCGCGAUGGAUACGUGCACUACGGCAGCACCGUCAAGCUGGUGUGCUCGGUGACGGGGAUGGCCCUGCCCAGACUCGUCAUCAGGAAGGUGGACAAGCAGAUGGCGAGCCUGGAGGCCGACGAUCCGGUCUCGCAGCUGCACAAGUGCGCCUUCUACAUGAAGGACACUGACCACAUGUACCUCUGCCUCAGCCAGGAGAGGAUCAUUCAGUUCCAGGCGACGCCCUGCCCCAAGGAGGCCAACAAGGAGAUGAUCAAUGAUGGCGCCUGCUGGACCAUCAUCAGCACCGACAAGGCGGAGUACCAGUUCUUCGAGGGAAUGGGCCCCGUCAGGUCCCCAGUGACUCCGGUCCCUCUCGUCCACAGUCUGCACCUCAAUGGAGGUGGGGACGUCGCCAUGCUCGAGCUCAAGGGCGACAACUUCACGCCCAAUCUCCAGGUGUGGUUCGGCGACGUCGAGGCCGAGACCAUGUACAGGUGCCAGGAGAUCAUGCUCUGUGUCGUCCCGGACAUAUCGCUGUUCAGGGGGGAGUGGCUCUGGGUCAGGCAGCCCACGCAGGUGCCCGUCUCACUGGUCAGGAAUGAUGGCAUCAUUUAUGCCACUGGACUCACUUUUACGUACACUCCGGAGCCCGGGCCCAGGCCUCACUGUCCACCUGCUGACGAGAUCAUGAGGGCUCCCAGGGCUAUUGGCCACAAUCAGGCGAGUAUGCCACCUGCUAUCGCUGAUGUUCCCUGGAAUUCUCAUCAUCCACCUACGCAACCUGGGCUUUGAUAUUCCGGGGGGGUGCGCGAACGAUCGCGGUGAGGGGUCUUGAGGGGCAGAAAUGUAAUGUAAUUCACCAGGGAUUUUUUCGUUGACAUUUCGUCAGAACUGUCACACCAAAAUUUUUUCUAAUCUUCAAAAAAAAUUUUAUCGUUGGAAAUAGACGAAUUGUCUCAUUAUGUUUCACCCCUUCGCUCCCUCGAGAUAAUAGUGCUCCACUAAUGAAGGACUGCUCCCUAGAUGUUAAAUACGAAAAGGAUGUGUGUAAUAAUUUAUGAUUUUUUAAUACCAGAAAGAGAUAUUUCUAUUAUUCUUCGCGUGUAGAGGAGCUCCAAAAACAGUUCCCCAUUAAGAAUAUAAAUAAUAAUUAAUUGUAAGGGUAGAAUUUAUUUCAGUCUAAUAUUUUUGCUCAUUUAGAAUCAUCCCCUUGGGUAUCACGUUUCAUUUGACCUCUGCUUCAACUCCUCAUUUUGUCUCAUCCAGUGAUUUUCAAUUAUUCAUAAUAAAAUGCAGUGAAUGUAAAUAAAGGAUUAUCUGAGUGAGCGGACAAUUGUGGAUCGACGAGUGCAAAUAGACACGUCUCACUCGAUUUUAUACGAUACCCUAAUGAUCAUUGAUGUAAAUAUGAAAUUAAUCUUCAAAUGAUUUAAAAUUAAGCCUGUCUUUCAGAGAAUUCAGAAGCGAAGUUGAUUAUUCACUGAAUCGUCAAGAUAAAAAUGGGAAUAUCUCGGCAAUGAGUGGCUGUGCGAAAAAAAAUCCCAAGAGAUUUUUUGUAGGAAAUUCCUUCCUCUACGAAAAAGGUUCUUUGAUAUUUUCUCCUAGAGCCACUCAUUCUCGAGAUAAUCUCAUAUUUAGUAAAUGAAAACUUUCAAUUUUUGGAUUCAAGUUUAAAAACUUUGCUGCUGAAUUGAAUAUUCGAUGUGAGAUAAAAUCCCCUAACUGUAAAUACAUCAGCAUGUCUCCAUAUGUACUAUAUGGAUAUUAUACAUAUGUACACACACGAAAACAAACCUAUAAACUACCUUAAUCCUAAGAAGACCCUAGAAUCUAAUUAUAACACUCAUAGUGUAACGAAAAGGUAAAAACAACUGAGUUUGUAAUGGAAUAAGUACAGCAGACGAUCGAGAAAUAAAGCGAGUAUCCAAUUUUCUUUUUGUAA